AUGUCUUUUAAAGAACAUUUGGAAAUGAUCAGCCUCAACGAGUCACCUUCGAAGAAAGCUAAAUUUUGGCAGUCCUUCGUCAGAUCCCUAAAGGGAUCCGAUGACUUAAGGGCGACCGAUUCAGUCCAUUCCCGCAGAGGUAUCUUCCGUCCCAUAAGUGACAUACCGGAGAUGUCAUCGUCCUGGCCGUACUCCAAAUCCAUCUACGACGAUCCGAGCGCCGCCUCCGAGAGGAUCCACGUGCCCGGCUACAGAUACGACCCGCUCCACAGAGACACCUACGGCUACUCGCCGAGGCCGAUAUUUCCACACAAUUACGGUUCUCUAGAUAGAUACCGGCCCGCCUUCCACAUCACAAAGCCGAAGCCGCUCGACGCCGAUCAGGCGUGGAAGGACCACAUCGAUCGCGUGAAAGGCCGCGAACCGACCCAAUGGCCGAGCAGCAUCUUCCACACCACUUACCCCUUUUCGCGCUACCCGUUGUACUUGGUCUACAGCAAGAGGCCCGCGCCGGCCGCCGAAAAGUACGAUCCCCACCGCUCGUGGCUGGAUCACUUGGACCGCGUAGCUGAAUUGGACAAAUUGUACCCGUCCCUGUGGCCUUCUAUCGGGAGCAGGCGUACACCCACUCCUAUCAAGGUUGGUCAAUUUGCUCCCCGUCCGUCAGAAGUGGCCUUCAACUACGCCGGUCAGCCGAUUUACUCGCGCGGAGGGCUCUAUCCAAGUAAGACCCUAAUCGAUGAUCUACUCAAUCCCUCGCCUAGCCUCCCCAUAUCCGCCGUAACUCGCGAUCCUUUCUGGUGGGAUUCACCACUCAAACCCGCCUCCGCCUAUAAUCCUUGGGGUAAGUCUCCAGCCUACCUUCGCGAUUCGUACCUCUCUCCCGUGAAGAGGACGUUCCUGUGGGACAAACACCCCAUCAGGCCGUUCGCUGCCGUUUACUAA